CGCCCGCCUGAAGGGUAGACCCUACUGGCCUGCGCUCGGCUCCCAGGCAGGGACCGCCAGCCCCGGUUCCCGGCGGAAGAAACAGGCUCGAGAGGACCCAGGGAGGGCCAUGAAGGUACUACUCCUCACUGGGCUGGGAGCCCUAUUCUUCACCUAUUAUUGGGCUGACAACUUUGACCCAGCUAGCCUCCAGGGAGCCCGUGUGCUGCUGACAGGGGCCAGUGCUGGCGUUGGGGAGGAACUGGCCUAUCACUAUGCCCGCUUGGGCUCCCACCUGGUGCUCACUGCCCACACUGAGGUUUUCCUGCAGAAGGUGGUAGGGAACUGCCGGAAGCUGGGCGCUCCCAAGGUCUUCUUCAUCGCUGCGGACAUGGCCUCACGCGAGGUGCCUGAGCUCGUGGUGCAGUUUGCGCUGGACAAGCUGGGUGAGGGGCGGGGCCUUGGUUUAGACCUUCGGGGCAGGACCCGAAUUGGCGUGGGGGGUGUGGUACGUGUGCCCGCGUCCUUCUCCAGUCCCUACUCCGCGGCCAAGUUCGCGCUGGACAGUUUCUUUGGCGCCCUGCAGCGGGAGCUGCAUGUGCAGGAUGUGAACGUGGCCAUCACCAGGUGCGUCCUGGGCCUCCAGGAUCGCGCCUCGGCUAAGGAGGGAGUCAGGGGUGUCACCAGGGCCCAGGCGGCCCCGGGGCCCAAGGCAGCCCUGGCUGUGAUCCGGGGCGGCGCCACGCGGGUCUCCCACGUCUUCUACCCGUGGCGCUUCCACGUCCUCUGCCUUCUCCGGGCCUGGCUGCCUCACCCAAGGGCCUGGUUCGUCCGCCAGGAGCUCAAUGUCACUGCCGCUGCUGCUGCCUGAGCUCCUCCAUCUUCUCAGAGAGGACCCUUCCCCCAGCCGCCUGAAGGUGGGGCUCAAACAGACGCCUUCGAGAGGGCGGCCAUGACCCAAGACAGCAUCAUCAAUACAGGAAGGGAAAACAGAAAAACCAUUAGCACCUGGAAGCAAUGAAAUCUCUGGGUGUGAGAGCAGCGUCUGUGAGCCAGCACCUUGUCAGGGGCCUGGAAGGCAUUACCUCAUUCUUCUCCGUGGUCAUUGUUGAUGUGAUUGCUGCUUCCAUUGCGCUGAUGGGGAAACGAAGGCUAGAGAGGGCCGGCUGGGGUAAAUGCGCAUGCUCACGAGACCGCAGGAAAACCUCCAGCCGCCAGGGGGCGCUCGCAGCAUCCCUGCCUCUCUGGCCCGCGCAACCCGUGAGGAAUAGAUAUCCCAGAGUUCCGCGCUCCGCCAGCCCUUCCGCCGCGGCAGCCAUUGAGGAGCAGCAGCCAUGGCUCUGCGCUAUCCCAUGGCCGUGGGCCUCAACAAGGGCCACAAGGUGACCAAGAACGUGAGCAAGCCGAGGCACAGCCGCCGCCGUGGGGUGAGUUCCGAGGCGCGCGAUCGGGUUGCUGCUGGUCGGGAGGUGGGAAUGGCUUCCCGGGCGGAGGGCACGGCCAGGGCACAGGCUCCAGGCUGCCGAGAGGAGCGGGGAGCCUGCGGUGGGCCGAGCGGCAGAAGUGGGUGCCGGGCCGGCCAGUGCAGUGAGUGAAGUCCCUAAUAUGUCUGCCCGGCGACGCCCGGCCGGGCUUUUACACCACGACCCUCCGGCCCGCGGGGUGGAAGCGGGGGCAGGUGGGGCGGAUUUGACAGAAGCGGUUUGCCCACUAGAAUAGGCGUCGGGUGGGGUUGGCCAGCUGAUGCUUUUGAGUGUCGGGUUGGGGCGUUUCGGGCAGGUCAGGGCUUAUGGGCCUCUGACCAGCUAAGAAACGUCCACACCUGUAGGGAAUUUUCAUGAGUUUAUUUGAGCCAAACUGACAAUUGCCUGGAGGCAAGAUCUAAAAUUUCCCCAGAGGUUAACAGUUCUGCCACUUCUUUAAUGCAUUUGAAGUUAAGGAGGGAAUUUAAGGAAGAAAGCAGGAUAGUUAAGACUAUGUGCUCUUGAGGGGGGUCACACCCCUCGAGGGGUACUGA